CUAAAUGUGGUUGCAGGUCAUGUUCCUGCUGAAUAAUGGUCUUGGCAGAUUAAAAUGUCACCCAUCGCAGUUUCCGAGGUAGCAUGAUCUUUUGUACAAUGUGUACGCGGCUCAUGCAAGCUCAAGCCAAUUACAUAAGCACUUUUACCUCGCGCGAACCCAAAACGACCUUGACUCAUCUGCAACCACAACAGUUUUUCCUUGCGUCUUUUCACCCUACUCACAUCUUCUCACCUAUAUCGAAUUUCGACAUCUAUAUCGCAGGCAAAGAUACUAAGAGUACACAAAAUAAUAUUCAAAAGAAAGAUUUGCAGCGGAGAUGUUCAGGAAUCCCCGACAGGUCGCACCUGACAGCGUUUCUUCAGAAUUCAGUCAAAUACUCAAGCCUCUACCGGUCAUAUCAUGGGGACAGCUUGCAAUGUAUCAUUUGGGUGUCCCAACUGGGGCAGGCGUAAGUAUUUCCUCUCUUAUUGUGUCCUGUUCUCACUAUCAUCGCAGGAUCACAUGUUUGUUGUCCGAGACGAACAUCAUCAGACGGCGAUUCAGAAGCUCAAAGACUCAGGAUUCACUCAAGCCCCUCCUGAUCGCCGGGCCGCCCCUGAAAUUAUGGAGUCUCUCCCAGAUCCGCAAGCCGUCCUUGAUGAGAUUAACAAAGGCUACGAACGCCUAGACCGUUAUUGCACGUCAUUCCAAUUCCCGCCUCACCUUCCGUUCAGCGGGGACCAAAUCUUUUUAAUCCCCAACUCCUUCGCGCAUUUACCACUGGACAAUCUCGGCAUGCCUUCAAACCUGUCAAGCCAAAGGGCUCAACCAAAGCAAUAUGAAGUGUAUGGCAACUUAUUCUAUCCGCUUGAAGCGGCAUUGGUUGAGAGCUUUGUUAAAGGAGUUAUUCAUGACAUCGAGGAGCUUGGAUUUUCGUCUUGGCAGUUGCUACUAAACGCCUGGAUAUCAAUGAUGCGGAGCUAUCUCGAAGUCAACAAUGAUAUUCUUGAUAACUGUGCGGAUGAGCGGGCAGUAGAAUGGUAUAGCACGCACUUUGGUCGGAUACACGAGGCCCAGUAUGGUGAAUGGGACCUCCGGGUUUCAAAACGUCUUGGUUCUGGAAAAGAAAUGCCAGUGGACAUGAGGGGAAAUCCUAUCUCCUGAUAUUUCUACUGCUUGAGGAGGUUGGCGAUGAGUUGUAAGACCUGUGACGGCCUGGUCACGUUGGCUGGUUAUCACGUGAGGUGUGGUUGUUUGUAAUGGAUAGGCGCAUUUAUGGUCGUAUUACUAGGUAACCGACCCCUACGGUAACCUUCGGGGUCGCGCGUAUUGCGCGACCCUGACAACCACCCGAGCACCCCAG